UUGAACGGAGAGGAAGAGGCAAAAGCGUGUUUUACUUUUAUUUUCGAAAAUUCUAUUCUAAUAAAUAUAAUUCGAAUAACUGAAUAAUUUCGUCAGUAAUUUAACAUGGAGUUUCUCGAGUACAAUGAUAUAUCGGCAGAAAUUAAAGGGGCCAUGGUUCCCGGAAGAAUUAAGAUGACUGAUCAAAAUAUAGUAUUCAAAAACAGUAAGACCGGCAAAGUUGAACAAAUAUCUGCCAACGAUAUUGAGUUGGUAAACUUUCAAAAGUUUAUUGGCUCUUGGGGUCUGAGAAUAUUUAUGAAGAAUGGAACUUUGCAUCGCUAUGGAGGGUUCAAAGAAGGAGAGCAAGAGAAAGUGGCGAAAUUCUUCAAAUCCAGCUACAACAAGGACAUGCUAGAGAAGGAGCUGUCCCUGAAGGGGUGGAACUGGGGUACGGCCAAGUUCAAUGGGGCGCUGCUGAGCUUCAAUGUGGGCACUAACACCGCAUUCGAGAUCCCACUGCAUUAUGUGUCGCAGUGCAACACCGGCAAGAACGAAGUCACCUUGGAGUUCCAUCAGAACGACGACACCCCAGUCUCCCUGAUGGAGAUGCGGUUCCACAUCCCGACAAGCGAGCUGGCGGGCGACAUGGACGCCGUGGACGCCUUCCACCAGCAGGUCAUGACCAAGGCCAGCGUCAUCUCCGUGUCUGGGGAUGCUAUUGCUAUAUUCAGGGAGCUGCAGUGUCUUACGCCUCGUGGUCGCUACGACAUCAAAGUGUUCCAAACGUUCUUCCAACUGCACGGUAAAACCUUCGACUACAAGAUCCCGAUGUCGACAGUUCUGCGACUGUUCCUACUACCUCACAAGGACACCCGGCAGAUGUUCUUCGUGGUCUCCCUGGACCCUCCCAUCAAGCAGGGACAGACGAGGUACCACUACCUGGUGCUGCUGUUUGGAGUUGAAGAGGAGACCAGUUUGGAACUGCCGUUUACUGAAGAGGAAUUGAAAGAGAAAUACGAGGGCAAGAUCACGAAGGAGCUGUCGGGCCCCACGUACGAGGUGCUGGCCAAGAUCAUGAAGGUCAUCAUCAACAGGCGUGUCACUGGACCAGGAGACUUUUUAGGGCACCACAAGACGCCGGCCAUCGCGUGCUCCUACAAGGCGGCGGCGGGCUACCUGUACCCGCUGGAGAAGGGGUUCAUCUACGUGCACAAGCCGCCCGUGCACAUCCGCUUCGAGGAGAUCGCCUCCGUCAACUUCGCUAGAGGGGGCGCUUCUAGCACCAAGUCGUUCGACUUCGAGAUCGCGGUGAAGCAGGGCGCGGUGCACACGUUCAGCAGCAUCGAGAAGGGCGAGUACGACAAGCUCUUCAACUACAUCACCGCCAAGAAGCUGCACGUCAAGAACACCGGCAAGAAUGACAAGGCGUUAUACGAUGACGACUUCGGCGACAGUGACACGGAGAAGGAGCCCGAUGCGUACCUCGAGCGAGUCAAGGCCGAGGCCAAGGAGCGCGCGAGCAGUGAUGAUGAUGAUGAUGAGAGCACUGAUGAGGACUUCAACCCGGAUAAGCAGAACGAGAGCGACGUGGCUGAGGAAUACGACACGAACCCCUCAUCUUCAGAGGAGUCGGACGCGUCCGGCGCCUCCGGAGACAGCAAGAAGGAGAAAAAGAAGGAGAAGAAACCAAAGAAGGCCAAGACUAUUUCGGAGCCAGCAACGCGCAAGAAAAAGGACAAGUCCAAGAAGCGCGAGAAGGACGCCAACGCGCCCAAGCGCCCGUCCACCGCGUUCAUGCUGUGGCUCAACGAGAACCGCAAGGGCAUCCUCGAGGACAACCCCGGGAUCAAGGUCACCGAGGUCGCCAAGAAGGGGGGCGAGCUGUGGCGCGACCUCAAGGAUAAGUCGGAAUGGGAGGAGAAGGCGAGCAAGGCGAAGGAGGAGUACAACAAGGCGAUGGACAAGUACAAGGAGAGCGGCGCCGCCGCAGAGUUCAAGGAGAAGAAGAAACAGGCCGAUAAGGAGCGCAAGCAAGCCGACAAGAAGUCCAAAGCCCCUAGCAAGAAGUCUUCAGCGGCCAAGCCCAACACCAGCGGCUCGGGCGCCAAGUUCACCAGCCGCGAGUACAUCGACGAUGACGACUCUAGUUCAUCAGAUGAUGAUAAGGAGAAGGAUAAGAAGAAAGAGAAAAAGGAUAGCAAGGAGAGCAAAGAAACUAAAAAGAAGGCGAAGAGUUCCUCAUCAGAAGCCUCAGAGGAAGAGGCUUCGGGCAGCGGCAGUGGCAGCGGCAGCGAUUAGGUUACAUACUAUAGGUACUAGCUUUAAACCACAACACACCCUGGGAAAUAUGUUCCACUUUCAAAUGAAAACAGAGAUUAAGAUUAACCCUAUUCCAGGUAUCGUAUUUCUGCUAACUUGGCGUUUUCAAAGCUAAGUAUACUUAUAGUGAAUGGAGUAAAGUAUCGCAUGGUGUCAACCUGUUAAUGGCUACUUCUAACUAUACUGAGUCUUGUAAUUUUGAUGCUCGGCUUACGUGUGAUUGUCGAGGUAGUACUAAUUCACAGUUUUAAAAACGCUAAAAUAAGAGGAAUACGCAACCGGCUUUGAAAAUGAAAUGUAUGGGCCAACAACAAACAUGAUGCCAUGUUUGGGUGCGCUCAUGUUUAGAUUGUUUGUUUGUCCAAAGCAACAAGUGUGUUUCUUAUUUUUAUGUUACGGUCAGCUUUAUAAUAGGUAUAAGUAGCUAUACAUACACUUUUGUACAUGUACAAAGCGCGUAUUAGUUCAAUUAAACAUUGAGUAAGUUAGUUUUUGACCAUAAAAUAUACCUACAUAAUAUGUGUAUAGCUACUUAUAUGUAAAAAGCUGACUGGACCUACAACUAUGAGGUUUUCCCCCAAAUAAACUGUACUUGCUUUACACGAUGCAAGAUUGAACAUUACAGCUAAGUAGGUAUGAUUAGAUUGUUAACCUUAAGUUACUUAUGUGUUUAUGAUUAAGUUUAUGAGUAAGUUAUGUUAUGUUUAUGAGUAAGUUAGUGUCAUAAUUAAAGAAAAUAUUGUUACAAAUAGUACUCUAAUUUUAAUCUUAGUUUGUCCCAAUUCACAUGUCGUAUACUGGUGUAUAGUUGAAGCGGGGUUUCCACAAUAAAAGCAUUCUCAGUCCAUGGAUCAAAAUAGAUGAACAAGAUCCGAUUCCAAUGAUUAGCUAUGGUUUAAUCCGAGAGCACUCGGAUUGCAUGUUUGCACGAUACGAAUAGCAUCUUAAGUGCCAAUUUCUCCAUAGUCGGUUAUCUAACCGACAGGGAUUGAUUUAUGAAUUAAUCGUCAUCUCCAUAUAAAAUUCAUGACAGAUGUGUCAAAAAUCAACCACUACUCCCUGGUUAUGGAGAAAUUGGAACUAAAAUCGCUGGGCCCGAGCGUACUGUUACAAUGGAAACACUGUCAUUUUCAGAAAUAUAUAAACAGCCUUUAUAGUAUAACUUGUUUUAUAUAAGUAUUUUCUAGUGAUCGAAUAAGUUGUUUGUUUGAACAAUUAAUGCGAUCAUGCGAUGUCAUGAAAUAUGAUUCCCUACUCAGCCAUUUUUGUCGUCAAAUUACGAAAUUAGUGCUCUCUGCAUUUUACCAUACUUGGGCUUAACAAACGCAAUUAAAGAAUAAGUAGGUACCUUUGUACAUUCAAUUUUAUUAUUUUUCAAAUUCAUGUAAACCAUUUCUACUAACAUUUAAAUGCGCUUUGUUUAAGUGGACAAUCCUACUUUUACAUCGCAUCUACCCAGAAGAUACAGCUUUAUCCCGGAAUUCCCGCGGGAAUUUUUCCUAAACUAUUAUAAUGGCAAUUUACUUUAGAGAAACUGUUGCUCUUGCUCAUAAAUUGUGUUGAGAGUAUGACUGUUAAAUUUAUUGAAUUAUGUCUGUUUCUUACCGUUAGCUACUUUAAUGUAUGUGUGUAUGUAAGAUCUGAACACCUACCCUAUUUGUAAAUAUAUGUAUUACCAUUUGUUACGUCAAGUGUGAUAUAAUUGUAAGUAUUUUAAUAUAAGUUAAUUUGUACAAUGGA